CACAAGAUGUCGGUGAAUAUCGUGUCAUUGCAACAAAUCCAGCUGGUGAAGAUUCGACUGUAGCUUCACUAAAUGUUGUACCAGAUAAACCAGGUGUUGAUGAUCGACCUUUUGUACCACAAGAUAAAUUCCGUAGUUUGGAAGCUCCUGAAGGAAAAGGACCACGACCAUUAGAGAUAGUACCUGGUGUUGAUGUUCAACCAUUUGUUCCACCAGAAAAAUUCCGUAAAUUGGAUCAUGUUGAACCAGUCGAAAGACCAGAAAGAGAAUUACAAGAACCAAAACGAGCACCACGUGUUAUUGUACCAUUAAGUAACUGUGAACUGGAAGAACUCAUGCCUGUAAUACUGACAACAACAAUUGAUGCUGGGGUCCCAAUGGCUACAGUAAGGAUUGUUCUUCAUUUUUCUUGAAUGAUUCGGGGUGCAACUUAGUUCACUUUAUUGAAAAAAGAUUUAGAAAGAUUCAGGAAGAAUUUUUGACUGGCGAAAUGCUGCCAGAUAAGAGUAGGUUGAUAUAAUUGAUUGUUCUUUGUUUGAAAGCGUUGUUGUCGCUCGUAAAGAAUAUUUAUGUUUCUAAUUUUGUUGUUUCCUCUGAUCGUUUCGUGAAGUCUAGUUAUCGACUAAUAUUGAUGCCUUUGAUCAUAGACUACAAUUUGUUCACCGAUAAGAGCAUUUGUAGUCUGCUUUUUCCUGUUUUGAAAACAUGCAAAUUAUCUUACUAAUAGUCAAUAAGUAACAUCGAAAACAUCCUUCUACUGAUCAAAUCUCAGUUGUGUUACAUAUGAAAAUUCUUUGUGAAACAUGAAGACUCAGAUCAAUGGUAGAAGCAAGAGUUCGAAGUCAAUAAAUACUGAUCAGUUGAUCACUUCAAUAUGAAUAAUACGAGAUGAAUGUGCUGAUGCCACGCUUAUCUUAUUUAUAAAAAAUCACACGCUACAUAUAAAACAGUGAAUCACCUCUUGGUACAGAACUAUUCCCUGGAUAAUCAUGGUCAAUCGCUGAGAAAAAUUUCAUAAAUAAAAGACAUCAACAAUAAGUAGAAAAUGCCUUUAAAGCGAAAAAAUCAAACUUACAUGAUAUAUAUCAAACGUAAAAUCGAAACAUGUUUGAUACAUCUAAGUGAAAAAGGCUAAAUGUAUACUACCAUGUGUAUAAAUACAGAGGAAGCGCAAAACAAGAAAACCAAAUCAUCAAUAAACAAAAUUCAUAUUCUAAAAAUUCUCUGUGAAACACUACCUAUGAGACAAAAACCAAAACACGUGUCUUUUUACAUAAUUUCCUCACUAAACGACGACAGCGUUUCUCAAGUUGAACUCUCAUACGGAAACGUUUUAACCUUCAAAUUUUGUAUUUGUAUCUUCUACGAAAAUCGAACAAAAUACCAAUUAGUUAGGUACCAAUUAUUGUACAUAUACACUUUAAUUACGAUAUCAACAAAAUAACUUUUCAAAAUCUUUCUCCGCCGUCAGUAUUCGUACAUAUUUUUUCCUUCAAGUUCUCCUUUGACUGAUAUCAAUAAAAACUAAAUAUUUACUUUAAGUUCACUUGGUACAAAAAUAAUAAACCACUACUUGAAGGCAA